CGCAAGGUCACUAGCGCUUCCGUUGACUUUGGUCGUUGCCGUUAUGAAGUAAUCCGGUUUUUAGAUUACCAGCUAGUACUAAGUGACCAGUGUUUUUUUUUUAACACAUAUGGUCCUACACAUUUAAUCGCUGUAUCCUUUGGAGAUGCUGGAGUUGGAGGAAAUAAACUCUGAAACGAAUCUUGAUGAUGUGUUGGAUAGUAACCCCUCCAGUUUAGUCGGCAGCACGUACGCAAUCGAUUCUUUAAAUGAUGCUAUGCUGAUGCUAACAAGUGAACCUGUUUUUUCAAAUCUGUUCAAUCUAAAUGAACAGGAAUGGUUGAAAAAAUUUAAAUGCCUUUCGAACCAAUCUAAGUCAGUAGCCAUCCGCCUAUAUGGUCGAUCUCAAAAGAUCUUUCGAAAAUUGGAUCUUCUGAAAGUCACAAAAAACAAUUUUGAUGAGUGCACAACUGAGUUACACAGUCUUGGUUUACUCUGUAAAGACUUACAGACGCUAUCAACUGAAGUACUGAUUCAUUCCCUCAAUCGCCAGGAAUUAGAUCAGUUAGCAGGGAUGUAUAAUAUUAAAAACCACAAAGGCCUGACAAUGAUUCAGUUAAAGCAUGUUCUAUUAAAGACAUCGUCUGUUUCACCUAUGGCAUCAUUUUUUAAAGUCCCUUCCAAAAAUAAGGAUAGGCUUAAAGAAUUAAUAAUCACACGGAUUCUUGGUGGUUGCUGGCGAGUGGAUGAAGUCAGCAUGCAGUUAGUUACUCGAAUAAUUUGGCUAACAUCUCUUGGUUCUGAGUCAGCUUAUAAUCGACCGAAUAAACUACAUUCACUAGAAGCCUUAUUGAAAACUGAACUAUAUGCCAUGCUACUUGUUCGUCGUGGUGAACUGACUUACCCGUCAUACACACUGAAUCGUAAAUCGGUGAUAUAUCGUACUGGUGAAGAAUUACAAAAAUUUCUAGAAUUCAUGAAUUUAGAAAUCCGAUUAGACUAUUUAAUUAGUCAAAAAUCAUACGAUACUGCUACAAAAUUGUUCUUAGACAAGAAAAAUGAAUUAAUUGAUGAAAUUACUAAUCUUUCAUCUCGGCGCACUGAUCUACCUCAGUUCUUGCGACGUUUCAGUUUACCAUAUCGUGCACUGCGUUCCCUACUACUGAUGAUCGAUAUCUAUGAACGUCAAAGAAGUUAUACAGAAGCUAUCAAACUGAUUGAAAUCCUUUUUUCUUUAACAUGGUCAAAAUGUGACGAUUAUUUCUUACAUUCAAAGUCAUCAUCACCAUACUGUGUUUUAGAUCAAUUAGGUCCUUGUCGUCUUGGUUAUCUAUUGAAUCGUUAUAUUAUUAAUCAAGGAACACAUAAGAAACAACCGAUAAAAGCAGUUAAAUUUGUAAUUGAUUAUUUCAAACUGUGUAACGGAUGUCAAUGCCUUAGAGCUGGUCGUCGUUUAACGAUUCAUGAUCAACUAAUUAAAUUAUUCGAUGGUGUAAAAAAGGGAAUGAAAAGCUACUGUACUACUAACACGAAUGAUAGUAACGAUAGCAGCAACGAUAGCAAGGUUAAGAGCACAGCAAAUCAAACGAAGCGUAGACGAAUUCAAAACCUUGCCAAUAAAGAUGAUGAUAAUGGUGUUAGUAGUGGAGUAUUUCCUAUGGAUGACGCAUUUGAACAGGAAUUAUUCGCCGUUGUACCAUCACUUGAAAUGAAUAUUAAGGAAGCUCCUAAGGUUGAAAUAAUUGCACCAGUUAAUGCAUCAGCUAAAGAAAUCGGUACACACCGUCCACACUAUGUAUGGUUUGAAACAACUUCACCAAGUAAAAGUCAACAACACCAGCAAUCACCUCAAGAAUCGAAUACUUUAAUACUUACAGUUGAACAAUGGACUAUACGCCAUUACAUGAAUAAUAAAAAUUUCGAAUGCGGUAUACAUUGUGAAUCACAAAUUUACCAUUUGUUAUUCACUAUAUUAUUUUAUGAUAUCCUGUUUGAAAUAUCUCCUUGUCCGCCAGAUGUUUUUUAUGCAUAUAGACAAGCAGCACCAUUAGACUUAUUUACAGAUGAAUUUUACCAAUCAAGGAAAGAUUUGAUUGGUGCUAGACUGGAGUGGAUUUUAAAUGCUGGUGAAUCUGAUGACAAUUCUUCAUCAAAUUCUGUAGACUUCCGAAUUAAAGCUUAUUGGGAUGCACAUUAUAGUGAACGCUGUCUUUGGGUUAAUUGGGAUUUACUUAAAAAUUCACAGGAACUGAUAGAUAUAUUUUGGUGUCUCGGUCCACGUGUGGUUCACAGUGUUUGCCACCAUUUAGCUACAGAUUACAGAAGUUGGAGAUCAGGUCUUCCUGAUCUAUUACUAUGGAGUCCCACGGAAAUGCGAGCUAAGAUUGUAGAAGUUAAAGGUCCAGGUGAUCAUCUAUCCACUCAGCAAAUCAUGUGGCUGGAUGUACUUGUUCGAUCUGGUGCGGAUGUAGAAAUCUGUUUAGUAUCAGGUAAGCUUAAUAUUUUAUUGAUAAAUGAAACCGAAACGAGCAGAUAAUUCUUUGACAAACACCUUGAUUACGCGUAAAAUUUAAAACUGUAUUACGGUACUGUAUUAAUAGACAACAACGGUUUAAGAAUUACAAACACUUUUUCGUCAAGUGUCUGUGGGGUUAUUGCCGUUAAAAGCACCUAAUUGAAACUACGUCAUCAAUAUAAGCAGCAAACAUGUGUCUGAAGCAAACUGGACGAAAAUAUUGAAAACCCAUGAGGAGGCAUAAAAUAAACAAAUGUUCAGGGGGAAAUAUAGAAUCAGGGAAACAACCGAAGGAAGCACAACAUAUUCAUAGAGUGGGAAAGAUACUAUUAACGUAGGGUAAUAAAAUUAUGAGUACAAUAUGAUUAUUACAGAAAUAAUCCAUCAUACCUACGAAUAAAGUGAUAUUGUGAAAGAACCUGACUCAUAUUACUCCACAAUAAUAAGCAGCAUUAAUCUAUAUACAUAAAAAGGUAUAAGUGCAAAUUGAGACAGAACACAGUAGGAAAAGAAUUAACAUGGUCAGAAUUACUAUAAUAUCUGAUAAAGUUUAGCAUAGCCCAACAUCCUUUCGUAUUCUCUCUAGUAUCACUUAUGUGCUCAAACUCUCUGAAAAUCCAUGAAAAUUUUCAAAUUUUUCACUAUAUGUAUUACCUGACGUUUCUUUGGAAAAUUAGAGUUUAUCAUUCUUUCUUGAUAAAUUUACUGAUUUAAAUACAGGCUCAGUAUGAGUUGAUCACCAAGAAAUGUGCCAUACAAAGUAAAAUAACGACAUUUUGAAGCUAGGAUCGAAAAAAGGUAAAGAAGGGGAAAAUGGCAAUUGGACAGUCGGUUCAGUAUAUAAUGUUUGAUGAAGGCUUUCAGUGCUUUCUUGUUGCUGUUCACGAUCAUAAUUCACAAGAAAACCCCAGGGUGAAUUUCAGCGGUUUUGGCCCAGUUAUAGUAUCGUAUCUGACCACUGAAUCACAAGGUCGCCGUGGAGUCAUGCGACACUGAUGGAUACUAGUCGAAUAUAAAUAUUCUUCACCUCAUGGUGCCAUACCAUUUGAGGCUGGAGAACUGUAUGCAAUAAUAGAGCCUCUGGAAUGACGUUCACCCCACAUACAAGACAGUGAAGGUGAUGUUUGAGGAAAACGCUUAAGCACCUGCUGCUAUAUCUCUGAAUUACUUGCAUGAUACUUUCCAUAGACGCUGGCAAUCUAGAGGAGACAGCGGUGAUAGAACACCCAGUCGUCGGCUAUUCUCAUUUCGGAAAGGCUAGGCCUAAAAAGUCUAGCGCAAAAAUCCUUAAAUCGAUUCAUUUACCAUUCGAUCUUUUUAAAAAGCAAACUAACGUACGAGACGACCUAAACUGAAGUUUUAACUAUGCCUUUCGAAAUAUGGUUAGAACUCUCGCCAGCACUCACACAACUACUCAGGUACCUAAACUUUUCAACCACUUCCAACAGUUCGUCGCUGAGAGUGAGUCCAGGUUCCUCCCAAUCUUGUAAAAAGGUAAUCUACUUUAACAACACAAAUCACGUAACAUACUUAUGGACACCGAUCAUCCACUGCAUUUGAACUGCCUGAAUAUCAUCAUGGGUUAGGGUUGUUAUAUCCCUAAACGAGGUGAAUAAGAACAACAGCCAGUCGGUAAAGAGCAACCUUAACUUCACUAUCUGUUAGUUGAUAUUCUCACUAGGCCGACUUUGUUUUCCAUGCCUUGUACAUUUUUCAUGUAUUUUGUCAAACGUACUAUUAUUCAUCAUGGGCUAUCAAGUGAACUUGUGUUCCAUUUGAGUUAGCUGGUGCGCCUUCAGGGUUUUUAAGAUCGAAUUUGAAGAUAGCAACCCCGUUCAAUAAUAACCAGCUUCAUGUUAUUCUUUCAGUGCGUUAAUUGUAGGACUAGCAAAGAGAUCCAAAUCCAACUUACAAGCUUUAACAGUGAUCACAUCUUCAGGUCAAGAACGUAACCCGAUGUCGAAAGUUUUUCCACGAAGCAAUAUAUCUACUCCAUCACAUCAAACAGCUACAAGAAUUUCUUUGGUGGCAAAGUCAAAGAAGAAUGCUGAAAUCAGAUUGCCCUGCCUAACUGAACUAUUAGAUCGGAUUGAUAAAGAAAGGUUGUUGUAUCCUGUCACUUCAUCCCAGAAGUUUUCCACACAUAUCUAAAUAUUAUGAUCAACUUCUUAGGGAUAACCCUCUUCAACAGAAAGUUUCGGAUUAACCCUUUCAUCAACGAUUCGAAAGCACCCUUUAAGUCGAGAAACAAAGAUUGCUGGUCUGUAUUACUUUGUUUUAAUGUGAUCAAGGCAUCUGCGACCGGAUCCAUAUCUGACUCGCCUCUCUCAAAUCAUCUUUUCACUUGUUUUGAGACACUGCAAAACAUAAGAGUAUAGCAUAAUGCUUUAUACGCCAUUUUUAGCAAACUGAUGGCUUGUGAUUGUCACAUUACAUAGGCCUUUUACAAAUAUAAGGACAACUAUAUCCUCAUUCUUAAAUGAUGAAACACUCAGUGUGUCAUGUCUACUUGAAGAAUUCCUUCAGUUCUCUGACUAUAGUUCCACCUCCAUCGUUUAAGUAGUCGGGGAUACGUUGUUUAGGUCGUUUGAUUUAUUGCACUUUGGUACUUGGAUUUCGUUCUCGACCUCCUCCUCAUGAGGCAAGUUAUUGUUAACUGAAGAUAAACCGCAAGAAUCUAGUGUUAAAGUUACCGAAGCAGUAGGUCAGCCCAAUUGUUUUUCGAAGUGUUUUUGCCCAGCAUUCCAAGUUCACAGAAGUUGUCAAUCAGUAUGCAAUCUGCUUAAAAAACUGUCCCAUUGACACCACGAUGCUUGUUGUUGGUGACUGCGAUUAGCUCGAAUGACUUAUGGUUAUCGCCAGAUGCAGCUCCUACUGCUUAUAUCUAUUGCCGUUGAAAGCAAAAGAUUCGAAGAGACUACAUGUUUUUGACCACAGGUGUCUUCCUACUACUGCUCGCAUACGGUGGAAUUACCAUGAGUAAUAUCUAUGUUACUCGAAGUAUAUUAGACAAGGCAGACAAGUCGAUGACUCUGUAAGCCUUCAUCGACUAAAGUGACUUGAACAUAUGCUGCACAUGCCUAGUCACCGCCUACCUCGAUUUGACAUACUAGGGAGAAGUUGGACUAGGUUGGAAGAGGGUCCAGGGCGACCAGAGUAAAACGUGGUACCAGUCCAUAAAUGUUGGUCUGAGACAUGAAGGGAAAUGCUGACUCCUUGGCUGCGGUCCCCGAGACGAUAGGAACAAGUGAUUGAGGACUCUUAAUGACAUGGGUGGAAAUUGGUCGUAAUGGCGUAGAUGUGUUUACUUUUCUUCAGCUUGUAUGCUUUGAUUAACUGUAAUUGUUAAAUUCCUCCCCCUCCCAUACACCUAUGUCUACCUUAAUGUCACUCUUUUCUUAUCCACUCGUUCUUUGCGUGCUAUAUUGCGAAGUGUGGCAACUUGAACUGAUGCACUUCUGUGCGAUUUUUUAAACUGAUUUCAUCUACUGCUUCCAGCUCACUUGCUCAUCUUAACCACCAAAAUUCAUGGUCUUUACGUAAUUCCUGCGAGGUCCGUCGCAUAAUGAAAUUGUACAUUUUACUGUACUUCAUCAUUUGCCUGAAUAGACCACUUAGCGUCCUAAACUUGCAAGGAACUGACCUGUCUAGUGUUUAUUCGUGGGAUAUUUCUCAAACAUACAAGCAGCUUAACUGUCUAUUUUCAUGAGUUCUUGCAGUCCCAAUCAAUGUAAUGCAAAGUGGGUACACAUUGGUUUUCCACGCUGAGUUACACUUGUUGCAUAAGGGCUUGUGAUACUAUCCGGUCACCUAGACUAUAGUGGAUGAAGCAGUGUUCGAACCAGGGUCUGUUGCCUAAAUGUUGAGUUUCUAAAUCAGAAAGCAACAUCCCCACAUCCAAUCAACGCUCAUGUAUGUUUUCUUAAGGUCCAACAGAAAGUUUUGAGUCUAAUUUAGCUUGUUGUUUAUUCAAGCAACCGAACUGCUUACACCAGCCUAUUUAAAACGACUACUCUGAUGAACACCAAAACGUAGGAUAAGCCUAAUACACGAGGAAGCGCUGUCAAGCAGUUGCUCCAGAAAGAAACAACUGUCGAAUCUGUAUUAAGGUCUUGACGUUGAAGGCAACAAGCCUAGGUAUGACUUCAGAAUAAUUGAAUCAUAUAUCGCACUUCGGGGUAGCUUUGUGGCAUCAACUGUUUAGCCAACUCAAAACAACACAGAGCGGCCAUCAUUUCAAACAAAGACGAGUAAUUAACCGACAUAAACAGGACGAUAUUAUCCAUAAGUCGUGAAAAUAUAACAAUAAUAAUGUCAAAAUGGUGUAAAUAUUUGAGUUCAUGUUUUGGGAUAGUUUUUAGAAAAGCCUGGUUCAGAUUUGCGUUUUAAAGUAUUUGUUUUAGCUUUAUAUCAUCAUAGUAUUUAUGAGGGCUGAGAUACUAUUCGGACGCAAAAACCACUUCAGAUGGUAUUACUGAAGAACAAUUGCCCUAGCCUUCGAUCUCGUGAUCUGAUUCGAAAGUCAACAGGAGGACGUCAUAUAUUGUAUUUUCAUGUCUGCCGGUGACCUAAGUAGGUUCGUAUUUCAUUCCUCCACAUUGAAUCGUAAAGCCCACAUGCACUGUUGGCUGGGAUCAGGGUUCACCGCCACCUCUAAAUGGACCCUCUGCAUCCAUUUUGAUCCACCCACUUAUAUGCACCUUUUUUCCCCGGUUAAUCAGUUGAGAAGCAUUACGUUUGCUAAGACACACGUAAAGAUGUUCUUGUCGAUUAUGUAAAGGAUUGAAGUCCUCCUUUUUCCUAACUAAUAUACAACUCUGAAGCAGUUAUCCUGGAUCUUCGUUAAAUUGAACAUAUUUUCAGUUCAUAUUAUCUAUGAUAAUAUUUCAUAAAAUUUUAAAAAUCUUGCAAGUCAUCAACUUGAUGACAUACUUUCAGUUAUAUCUCCAGGCCUAAUUAUUGACUUGACUAGACGGGGCAAAUUUCAUUAGUUUACUUGUUUUUUAAUCAUUUCCCAAACUUAAAAAGCUUACUGUAUUCGUCUGUUUUUCUAGGCAGUUAUUACAAAGCUGUAGAAAUAGGUCUCCUGCCUUUCAGAACUUAUCGAUGAAGAAAGCUUUAAAUUUAGAGAGAAUUAACUCUCCUUUGGAUGUAUGAACUUGUGUGGUGCGGUCAGAGGUAUCAUCAUCACUGGGUAAAUGUCACCAACCUUCCGUAGAACUUUAGAAAAUACACCAGCUUAUCGUUGGUUCUUAAGUUUAUUCUCUAGUAGUAAACAUGCAUAACAAGAAGUAAAUGUGGAAGCCUUCAACUAUUACAUUAAAAGUGAAUGUGUCAGUUUCCGUUACUGCAGUUUUCUUUCAGAAAACUGAAGUACAAAUUAGUGUAUAUUAACACUACCAAUUAAAUUUAAGACUAUCUGGUUCAUGUUACAUAAACAUUUGACCUAUGAGCCAUAUCUCAUGGUACUUUAAGGCACUGGGACUCAUGACCUUGGAAACUUCAUCCAAGAAGUUGGGAUUUCUCAACAUGCUCACCUAGCACUACUAUCGCCUCAUGGUGCCGUUAUGAAAUUUCCACAUUCCUGCCUCCUCCAUUCGGCAACAUCGUUGACAAAUAUUAACCAAUCGACAUACAUACUAUUUGGGCAAGCUAAUUUACUGCUUCACAUUCUGUUUCCAUUUAUUUUUAUGUUUAUUUUUAACUUGAAUAAAGACUUGUCUUUAUGAAAAUCGUAUGAAAGGUAAGACUAAUAUAUUUCCCUAUAUAAUUGAUUUUCAGCUGAGCGGUUGAAAUCCCUUCGUUCUAAAUUUAGCAAUUCAAAGGAUACGAAUGAGUCGAAUUAAUUUUUAUAAGAUUUGAUGCAUUUGUCUUAUUUCUUCCCGUUUUGUUUUCUAACAGUAUUUUUGCAUUUUUGACAUACAUGUGAUUUAUUCAUCAUCGCCCUCCUAAACUACUUUGCUACUUUCAUAUCUACACAUGUAACAUACAUUAAAUAAAUAACUUGGGGAGAUUAA